AUGUCAACUGUCUCCAAUCAUCUUGUCAUUUUCACACCACGUGCUCUUACCGUCGAUAAUAGUGUUCCUCCCGCAUUCAACGAUCUUUCCGAGGCUUUCUCUCAAUGGCUCGCUGGGAGAGCACAAACUGAGUUGCACCUUUUUAGUGUUGCAACCAAGUCAGUGGGUGGCAGUAACUUGGACGCCACUUUCGACAACUUCGUUCAAGCUCUGGAACUCGCUGACUGUGCCAUCAUCGUGUUUCCAGGACAACAGGUCUGUCUUCUUGAUGCCAUUUAUCCGCGUCUUCUCGUCCACCUCACAAUUAAGCCCUGGUGGUUCAAGCGAAUGCUCCUCGUGAGCCUGGGAGAGAUCGCUAAAAAUAAAAAAAAAUUCGACCCUAUGUUGCUUUUUCACCCUCCAGUGAUCUUUUCAAUGUCGCCCAAGAUGUGGCAAAAGGAAGAGCGGCAAUGGGAAGAAAUAGCUGACUUUAUUCAUCGUAAGCAUUGA